AGCAGUCAGAGUGCUGACUGGUUCGGUGUAACGCCACCCUUCUCGGAGCCACUCUACGUGGAGGCACGCUUCCUACGCACCAUCUCCGUCUUCGGUCAGCCGGGUCAGGUGAACAUGGAGCUGCGUUUGACCAAUCGCAGUCUCACCCAGGCCACCCUCUUCCACGUCUGUGCCCGGGUGCCGACAGAUACCACCAAGGCGCACUGUUUAGAGUCCUUCCCAGAGAUUCCAUCGCUACCGCACGGCGCCAACAGCGUGGUCUUCUUCGACGUCAAUUUUUGUGAGUCCACCCAGCCCGUUCGAUUUGGUCUCAUGUAUCAACUGAGCAUAGGGGAAGAUGAACUGGCCAAACCAAUCACACUCGAGGUUUCCAUUAAGCCACCUGUUGGCGAAUUGUUCCAACCCCUGGACAUGAAAGUACGCGAUUUUGUUUCCAAGCAAGGUGAGUGUCGAAUUUAUCCUGUGCCUGCACGGUACGUGAUGCAAUAUACCGUUGGGUUUCGGCCUAUCCUUGAAAACUUUUACGGUUUGAAAUGA